AUGGUUGCCGAUCAAAUUGCUACGAGAAGAGUGUGAAGUCGCAUCGUUUCCGUCUUCACUGAGAAUUUGUUGAAGCGUGGUAUCUUUGAGGGUUACAACGACAUGUUUUUCUUCCCUUUGGUGCUUCAUGUAUUCUCAUGUGCCCUUGGUAUCGAAGAUCUGUUGUUCGUUUAUAUUAGUGUCUGUCUUCGGUACUCGAUGCUGCGUCAUUUACUUACUGACACCCCUGAUAUGAGUGUACCGAAUAACAGCGGAAUGGUCCUGCCUCCACCAGCUAUGGAUCCAUUUCAAUGGCAGCAAUAUCCACAAUCUGGAGCAUCGUCUUCUGUUUCUGGUACAUCUGAACUUUUUAGUUCGACCUUCGCUAUGUUGAGCGACACAUCUUCAGCACCGUAUCCAGACCAGUGCCACGAAAACAAACUAGAAUGCGGUUCCACAUUUUGUUUUGAUGCCAUGCAAAGUCCAUAUGGUCAUCCACAGAACAACAUGUACUAUCCGAUGCUUGACCAGAGCUCCGAAGUAGUUGGCUAA